UACAAAUAAGCUAAUGAUUGAACCCAAACCCCUUAGCUAAGAAGUGCAUAGAUCUAAUGCCGAUUACAGCUUCUCCAUCUCGGCCACUGCACCCCCGCCGUUCCCUUGUCUGCUACGUUAUCCUCGUCAUACUAACCCUAAUCUUCAUCGUUGCUGUAGGUUUUCUUAUUACAUGGCUCGUAACCAAACCCAAAAAGCUUCAUUACAGUCUCGAAAACGCGUCGGUCCAAAAUUUUAAACUCACAGACGACAAUCACAUGUCCGCUACAUUCAAAUUCACCAUCCAAUCUCGGAACCCUAACCACAGAAUAUCGGUCUACUACAAUUCCGUCGAGAUAUUCGUGAAAUUCAAGGACCAGACGCUUGCGUUCGACACGAUGGAGCCGUUUCACCAACCGCGGAUGAACGUAACGCAAAUUGAUGACACUUUGGUUGCGCAAAACGUCGCCGUUUCUAGAUCCAGUAGUUAUGAUUUAAGGGCUCAACAUUCCUUGGGAAAGAUCGAGCUUGAAGUGUAUGUUAAGGCGAAGGUUAGGUUUAAAGUCGGGGUAUGGAAAUCAUCACAUCGAACGGCUCAUAUUAAGUGUUCUCAUGCUAUGGUCUCUUUGCCGGAUUCAAACAAAUCUCAAAACAGUUCAUGUACUGCAGAUAUUUGAUUAGCAAGCUUGCAUUGUUUCAUUAAUAAUCUUCUUGUAACAGUUGAUAUUCAUUACUUUCCACUGUGUUA